AUGGCGGAGGCGAUAGACUGGUCGACUAUCACACCUGUUGUAGAAGCUGUUGAAAAAGCGCAGAGCGGUGAUAUCGCGGACAUAGUAAACGCUACAUCGCAAAUUUCACAGCUUACUGUUUCCGUUGCCAUGUUGUGUUCAUCACUUAUGCAGCAGAUAUACACUGUCAAACGAAAUUUCGUCGCUCUCCAAUGUCUUGUAUCGAAAAAAGUAGACACAAAUUACAAAUCAGCACAAGGGCUAAGGUUUUGCUUAGACAAUCAAAGAGAACACUGGAUUCUGCCCGCACAUCCUCCAUUCGUGGUUGGUUUCCUCAAAUUGCUCAAAUGA